ACACCUACCCUCAUCGAUUUACCUCAACGAAAAGAUAAAAAUGAAUCCAAUAUUUAUGCACAAGGAAUGAGUCAAUCUAGUGUUGCUCUCUCUCCUGCAACUAAAAUUCAUCUUGCUCCAACCGUAAAUGCUCAUAAGUUCUGGAAUUAUGUUAUUCAUGUUAUUGGGGUUGGCGAUAUGUCAAUUGCUGUUGAAAUGGUAUCAAUUGAAGCACUUUCGGCCAAUGUCACUCGUAUAGCCUUUAAUUACAGAUCAUAUUAUGAAGCUGGACAAUACAUGUUUGUAAACUUUCCGAAUCUCAAUGUACCAGUAUCUUUAAUUGCAUGGCAUCCUGUAUCUUUCUCUUCGGCGCCUGCAGUAGAUGAUAUAAAUCCUGAUACCAUACAUAUGAAAGUUCAAGGAUCAUUUACACGUCGAUUAUUCGCUAAAUCACAGGAAGGGAUGUAUAAUGUUCCUCUGAAAAUGAAAGUUGAUGGACCAUAUGGAAAACCAAGUCUUGACUUUUUACAAUACCGAACUGUUAUGUUGGUGGCUGGUGGUAUUGGUAUUACUCCAAUGAUUAUGAAUAUGGAUGGUACCUGA